UAGACAUAUCCAGACCCACAAAUGCUCAUCCCACAUGGAUUCGCGAUAUUGAGAACUCACCCCCACAUUUCUCACCCUCUUCCUCCUUCCCUUCUCUCCCUUAACAUAAGUUUUUUUAAUUGUUAUUAUUAUAAACAAGCCAGCUCCCCCCAGAUUGGCUACGCAUUUUGAUGUUCAUAAUAAUAAUAAUUCUACCUUCCAUUUGUUCUCGAACCAGAACUCCCAGACAAUUCUUCUUGGAUCUGCAAACAUUCGCUUAGCGUCUCUGCAUUGGUACUGUUAACUUCUGUUCCUCCUUUUUUUCCCUUUCCCUCUCCUUCUUUCUGCUUCUCCAUGGGGUAUUGGGCCCCCUCCCUUUUUUCUGGUGCCUCGUUUUGUGGUUAUUGUCAUUUAAGGUAUUGUCUGGUUCGUUUUGCGAAACCCAUUAAUGUUUCCCUUCAAACUGUGAUGGGAAUUGAUUUAGCUUUCGGUGAUACAUUAUUGUAAUUACUGAGAUUGGGUGAAUCUUUUGGGAGAGCUGAAAAGGGAAUGUUCAGUUGUCGCUGGAAAAUUUCGAGGGUUCAGAAACUAGGAGUCGUGGCCUCGACCGAAAAAUUUGAGGGGGAAGGAAGAGGAAAGGAGACUCAUUUAUUUACCUUUAAGAAGGCUGGAUUUAAUUUCUGGAUGGUGGUGAUCUCCAUGAGCUGUUUAAAGUUACGCAUUCAAUUUUGUGUAAAUGGAGUCAAAAUCCUAUCUCAGAAGGGUCUUACUGUGCUGUAUGGGUAGACUUGACAGUAAAUGAUAAAUCUAUCACGGAGUGGGGGGUAAUUCUUUGGGUAGUUGAGGAGGGUUGAGUAUAUUUAAUAACAGGUGGGUAUGGCUGCAAAACUCCUGCACUCUUUAGCAGAUGACAACCCUGAUUUACAGAAGCAGAUAGGAUGCAUGUCCGGGAUUUUGCAACUUUUUGAUCGGCAUCAUAUUCUUACUGCCCGACAGAUUAACCAGAAGAGGCUUCCUCCUGCUAAUCGUCCAAGUGGAAACUCUCACUUUGCUAACGGCAUCCUGGAAAAAGAUUCUAGUAGUGCAAGGCAGCAGCAAAUAACAUCUAAUUUAUUGCAGGAUGUGAGCCCAAACAAGGGCUUUGGUGAGAAACAAAGGAUAUCCACAGAGUCAUCAAGAGUCUCUUUCUCGUCUUCAUGUUCAUCAUCCCUGUCCUCUCUGGAUUGCAGAGCUCAAAUGGAGGGUUCCUUUGAUCGCAUUAUUUAUCCUGAAACUCCUUCAAGGGAACCAGUUAUGAACCAAACAACUGUCUCUCCCCAUUUAGGAAUGCAAUCCCUUGACCUGAGGGAUGUGGUGAAGGAUUCUAUGUAUAGGGAGGCCAGAGGACUACCGAUGAAGAAGGCUACUGCUGAAGAAGAAGCUGUCUUUCAUGCUGUGAAGCACAGGGACUCCCCGAGACCACUUCACCUGUCCAAAUCUGCUGAUGGAUCUUGUGGAGUUGGAAUUGAUGGGAAGCAAAGUGUGCCUGUUGAUGUAAAAGAGUCUCUCAGAGUUCUUGCUAAACUUAGAGAAGCACCAUGGUAUUAUGGUGAAGCCAGAGAGAUUCCAAGAUCAUCAAGUGAAGUAAAAGAUGGACACUGGCAUUUGAUCUCAAGGGAUGCUCCUCGGUUUUCUUAUGAUGGAAGAGAAAUAAGUCGUCUAUCUUUUGAAUCAAGGGAUACGAUCAAAGGCCCACCAAAGCUAAAAGAGCUGCCUAGACUUUCACUGGACAGUAGGGAAGGCUCAUGGUGCACUUACAGUGCUGAUUCAAAACCCAAUCUCCUAUCAAGGAGCCUUGGAAGUGGCAACUCCACCUCGGAUGAUAAAAUGGGUAGUUUACCACAGUCAACCCAGAGGCGACCUCCUAGUGUUGUAGCAAAAUUGAUGGGCUUAGAAGCAUUGCCUGAUUCCUAUAUGGCUGCUGAUACUCCAUUGAAUUUGGGCGGAAAUUUCUCAGCUCAACAUGAUACUCAGUUUCCAAAAUCAUCAAAAAAUGGACUGAUCAAGCCUCUGAAAGUUUUUAAUUCCCCAAGAAGCUCAUUGAAAGACCCAACCUCACCACGACGAAAGAACCCUGAUUUAGUUAUGAAACCUAUUUCAAGUUCGAGAUUUCCAAUUGAACCGGCACCUUGGAAGCAGCAGGAUGGAAAUCAGAGCUCUCAGAAAUCAAGUUUGAAGGCCAUGAAAGCUCCAACAAGAACACCAGAUUCAUUUCCUUCAGUUUAUAGUGAGAUUGAGAAGAGAUUGAAGGAUCUUGAGUUCAAACAAUCUGGAAGGGACCUCCGAGCACUCAAACAGAUACUGGAAGCAAUGCAAGCAAAGGGAUUGUUAGAGACCAGAGAAGAAGAACAAGCUGUGGAUGAUGAAAGUCAAAGAGACAAUGGAACAAAUACUGUGAGUCUGAGUCAAAACUCUAGAUCAGUAAGGCAACAAAGCCCACAUAGCAAUAAUUUUCUGUCUUCCUCAAGGAGGGUAGCAGACUCAAGGGCUUGUGAGUCUCCAAUUGUGGUCAUGAAACCAGCAAGGCUUGUUGAUAAAACUGGAAUUUCUGCUUCCUCAGUAAUUCCUGUUGGCGGACUUUCUAGUUUCCAUAAACUUGACAGUGUUGCAAAUGAAGAUAAGAAAAGAAUUUCAGCUUCCAGUCGAAUAUCAAAAGAUCACUCUCCUAAAAACAACCGCAGGGAUACUACUGCCAGUUCCAAUGAUAGGAAAAAUGGUAGCGUCAACACUAUAAAAUCUGCACAAUCUCAAUCUAGGUCUCAACAAAUUUCAAAAGAAAAUAGCUUAAGCUCAAUAAAGAAUUCAGGAUCUGUGAGUCCAAGAAUGCAACAGAAGAAGCUAGAGUUUGAGAGGCGAUCUUGUCCACAAACUCCACCAUCAGAUUCAAAUAAAGCCAGAAGGAAAUACAGUAAACAAGCCACAGAUUCAGGUUCGCCAGGUGGAAAACUGAGACCAAAAUCCCCUUGCUUACAGCAGAGUGAUAACCCACUGAGUCUGAUAAGAAAUGAAACAAGAACAUCAAGUUGCCAAAAGGAUGAAAUAUUUGUGGAAUCUGAUAGUAUCACUGUCUCAGACUCAAAUAUGGAUAUGGAAGUCAGCAGCAGUUUACAAUCUCCUCAAACUAAUGAUAGCCGGUGCCCCUCCAUGAAAACUGUGAAGCAGCCAAUUUCUGGAUCAACGCAGAAGAAAUCAAUUCCGAGGUUGCACGAGGAUGAGUCAGUUGCUGAUAUUGCAAUAAAUUCCCAAGAACAUCCUAGUCCUGUCUCAGUCCUCGAUGGCUCUGUGUACAGAGAUGAUGAGCCUUCUCCUGUAAGGCAGAUUGCUGAUACUCCCAAAGCUGAUGAUGCCCAAGAGUGUGAAGGAAAUGAGAAUGAAGAUUGGUGGAACCCUGCGGAUAAAUUAGUUUACAGUGCAGGAUCUGGAGAGAUCAAUCGCAAGAAACUGCAGAGCAUAGAUCAUCUUGUUCAGAAGCUUAGGCGGGUGAAUUCCAGUCAUGAUGAAUCUAGAAAUGAUUACAUUGCUUCCCUCUGUGAAAAUACAAAUGCUGACCAAAGAUACAUAUCUGAAAUAUUAUUAGCUUCAGGCCUCCUACUGAGAGAUCUGAGCUCUGAGCUGCUGACAUUUCAACUUCAUCCUUCAGGCCAUCCCAUUAACCCUGAGUUAUUUUUCGUGUUAGAGCAAACCAAGGCAAGUAGUUUCAUUCCGAAAGAAGAAUGUGGUCCAGGAAAAGUUGCUUGUUCAAAGCUGAAUGCAGAGAAAUUUCACAGGAAACUCAUAUUUGAUGCUGUGAAUGAGAUUCUUGGCGUGAAGUUAGCUUUAGUUAGCUCUUCUCCUGAACCUUGGGUGAAGCCUAGCAGGCUUACCAAGAAAAGCCUCGGUGCACAAAAGCUUCUUAAAGAACUGUGCUUUGAGAUAGAAAAAAUCCAAUUCAAGAAGCCUGAAAGCAGUCAAGAACAUGAAGACGGUCUCGGAAGGAUACUCUCAGAAGAUGUUAUGCAUGGCUCAGAGAGUUGGAUAGAUUUCCAUGGUGAAAUAUCUGGGGUUGUGUUGGAUGCUGAAAGAUUGAUAUUUAAGGACUUAAUUGAUGAGAUUGUGAUUGGUGAAGCAGCUGGCCUGCGAAUCAAGUCGGGUAGGCGCCGGAAUCUGUUUGGUAUGUAGUGCGUUCCGUUGAUCUGCUCAUCUCAGUUCGACUGUUUUCAUGUCAUUCACAAUUUUCUUGGUUUUUUCCCCUCGUCAAGGUGUAAAAGUUUGCGGAUUAUAGCUGCGAUUAUUUCUCCUAAGGUGUAACAAAACUUGACUUACCAUGAUUUACAGGAUAAAUAUAAAUUUAUCGAAAUUCAAAAUGUGAAAA